CCCUGUUCCCGGCCCUGGCUCUCCGGAGGAGGAGGAGGAGGAGGCCAUGGCUGCUGCGGGCGAAGCCUCGGAGGCGGCGGGCGAAGGGGCCCAGCAGCAGCAGGGCAGCGCUCUCCCCCCGCAGCCCCUUCCUCCUCCGCUGGCGGCUCCGGGGGGCUUCUGGGCGGCGCUGCUGGUGGCCCUGGUGGCAGCCCUGGUGGCCUGGCUCUGGUACGGGCGCCGAGACGGAGAGAAGAGGGAGGAGGACGGAGGACAGAGGGAAGAAGGGGCGCCUCCUGGGGCCCGAGAGGCAGAUGGAGAACCAAAUCAGAGAAGCUAUGAAAGUCUCACACCUGAAACAAAGCAAACAGAUGUCUCCAGUCCUCAAGAGCCAGUGGGAAACCAGUUGGCUCCUUCAGGAGAACAUUGUGCCCCCAGUGUCCCUAAUGAGUCACCAGAAAGAAAGCCAUCAGUCAAGGAGCCCACAACCUCCUUAAUGAACUACAAGGAAUAUUUGAGAACUGAAGCGUUAACUUUUCCCACAGUAACAUCUGAACCAUCACCAAAUCAAGAAUCUGAAAUGCAUGGGGUCACCUCUAUGGAAGCAGGCGCCUCUAGCGAGAAGCUUGAGGAGAGAUGCAAGGAGCAACUGUGUCACUCCGUUGACCGUGAGGAAUGGGAGAUUGUCCCUGAGCAUUCAGAAUGGGGCAGUGCUGCAAGGAAGAGCAGUGUGGACGAUGCCAGCAGCAAAGACCUAGAUCUAGCAAAGAGGGUUGCCGCAGUGUCUCCAAUGCCUCAGACUGUCUAUGUGACGUUCCGUGUGCACUACAUCACCCACUCAGAAGCCCAGCUGAUUGCCGUCACAGGUGACCACGAGUGUCUAGGCCAGUGGCACCAUUAUGUACCCCUCAGGUGUGACAAGGAUGGGUUUUGGUCAGACUCUGUCGUCUUACCUGUCGAUACCCAGAUUGAGUGGAAGUUCAUAGUCGUGGAGAAUGGGAAGGUCAGGCGAUGGGAAGAAUGUGACAAUCGAACCCUUACGACUGAACAUGAAGAUCGGGUGGCCCAUAAAUGGUGGGGAUAUCAUUGAACGGGAGCUCUGGUUCUGGUUCUGUUCCAUUUCUUCAUAGGAGUUACACACACACCCUUUAGCUUACCUUAGUGUCUCUCUGCUGCAUGUUUGCCAGCACUGCCUUAGAUUAAAAUCUCUCUCUCCUGCUAGUGCCAGCUUUAAGACAUGAGGAUACUUUACAAAAUAAAUCAGACCAAAGCCUUCCUAGUGGAAAAUAUGUCCAUAGGGCUUUCUAGUGGGCAAGCUUUUAACAGUUUCCUCCUUGAAAGCUUUAAACUCUAUGCAUUUGAUUUUAUUGUGGGAGGAGAUAGGAGCAAGGCUCAUGAACAGUGGACUAUAGAAUGGGUGAAGUGUAAUUCAGUUACACUGUAACUGUCUGUUACAAUGUUUUUAACUGAUGAUUUCAUAAGAAAGCAAUAAAGAUGAUUUUAGACUGA